AUGAAUGAAAAUUUUACGGAUGAUCAUGCUAUCUUAGUUGAGAAUUCAUUUGCUGCACAACAUCGUCAUGUUGGCAAUGAGCAACGUGAAAACUCAACGCAAAAUCAAUUUAAUUCAGCAGAAGGUACCAUGGUUACUAAUAAAACGAAGGUGUCACCAAUGACUCCAACACCAUUAGAAUUUUCGUGUUGGUCACGACAUCGAUCUUCAAUUGCUGUAGGUGCAUUUGCUGUAUUCACAAUUAUAGCAAUAACUAUUGGUGUACUGACAGUUUGUUUCACUUCAUCAAAAGCUACUGGUAUGUUCUUUUUUAUUGAUAUUUUAGCUACUUUUGUAGGUAAAAUAAGGUUAUAUGGCGGGUCUGUAACUAAAUAA